GGGCUCUCGCUGCAAAUUUUUCUAUCCUCCUCGCACAGUUAAGAAAAGUCUCUCUUUUCUUUCUUCCUACUAGACAGUAACCAAAGAAGUAUGUGUGACCCAACGCUACCAUUUAGCAUGCCGAGAACAUCGACGAGAUUCGACGAAGAUACACUGCCACCAUAUAUGCGGUACUAUUAGAUUACAACAAAUACCCGCCGCUCUUUCUAAACUGUUUUUCUUAGCCGCCGACCUAUUCCUUCAAAAUCAGUGAUCAAUCCUCGAGCGGCAUAAUAUCCAAUGCAUUGCACAGAAAAGACCUUCGCCAUGCAUGAUAUGUACCUAGAGAAUCAAUAAUGCGGACCGAUGUGCUUUUCGCCAUCCGUAUUGCAAAAUCACAAAGACCGAAUACCCAUGUCAGUCCGUUUCUGUUCCACGCCUAUCUACAUCGUACAAUGUACUAACAUUCCAGACCAUGGGUAUUUCUAGAGACUCUCGUCACAAGCGUUCUGCUACUGGUGCCAAGAGGGCCCAAUUCAGAAAGAAGAGAAAGUUCGAGUUGGGUAGACAACCUGCCAUGACCAAGAUUGGUGGCAAGAGAAUCCACACCGUCAGAACCAGAGGUGGCAACAAGAAGUUCAGAGCCUUGAGAGUUGAGACCGGUAACUUCUCCUGGGCCAGUGAAGGUGUCGCCAGAAAGACCAGAAUUGCUACUGUCGUCUACCACCCUUCCAACAACGAGUUGGUCAGAACCAACACCUUGACCAAGUCUGCCAUCGUCCAGGUCGACGCCACUCCAUUCAAGCAAUGGUUCGAGACCCACUACGGUAAGGUCUUGGGUAAGAACCAAACCGAGGAGCCUGUCAAGAAGUCCAAGAAGGUUGAGAGAAAGUUGGCUUCCAGAUCUGCCUCCGCUAACAUCGAGGACGCCGUCGAGCACCAGUUCACCGCCGGUAAGUUGUACGCCUGUGUCUCUUCCAGACCAGGUCAAUCCGGUAGAUGUGACGGUUACAUCUUGGAGGGUGAGGAGUUGGCCUUCUACUUGAGAAGAUUGACUGCCAAGAAGUAAGUUAUCUGACUCUAAAUAUAGCAAUACAAUUUCACGUUGAACUCUGUUUAUAGAAUAGUACAAGAGCUGCCGGACCCGUGC